AUGCCGAGAAGGUACUCUGAUGAUGAGCCGAGACCGGGCUCUGGAGUUUCGCUGUCGAGUCUGCUGGAAUUGUUAGACCCUAUUGCUUCAAAUGUUACAUCUAGCUACUAUCCUAAUAACUAUCUUGCAAGGGCUAAGAAACAUUUGAAAAGCCUGGAUUCGGUAGAUAAACGGGUUCAGUUAGAUGAGUGGAAGGUAAAGGUGUUGAAGAGGGUCAAGGCCUUGGAUCAACCCUUACACUCGAUCUUCUUUCGGGAUGAUUCUAAAUUGAGUAAGCUUUUUUAUCCAUUCACUUUGUUCAACAUCUUCCUGGUUGGUCUGAUGAUGGGUAAGUUCCCAGAGUGGUUUCACGUCUACCAUACAGCACUGUAUGUGCUGCUUAUGCCGAUCCGGUUCUACACGUACUACAAGACAAAUAACCAUUACUACUUGGCGGAUUUGUGUUAUUUUGUCAAUUUUCUCUGCAUGCUGUUCGUUUGGUGCUUCCCGGAGUCGGUUCACCUAUAUCAGUCCUGUUUUGCGCUAACGUUUGGUUCCCUGAGCUUUGCGGUUAUAACUUGGAGAAAUUCGCUAGUUAUCCAUUCGCUCGAUAAAACCACUUCCUGUUUCAUACAUAUCAUGCCUACCUGCACGAUGUACAUCAUCCAUCAUGGAAUAUCCGAAUCACUUAAGCUGCAGAGGUUCCCGGCGGCCUCGAUGCCAGCUUCUAAAUCUUGGGAUCUGAAAAGAAAUGUUGUAUGGACUUCCCUCUACUACUUGACCUGGCAAUCACUUUACCACUACUUCAUAACGUUGAAGAAAUCAAAAAAGAUCAAAUCUGGUGAACGAAUGACCAGCUUCGAGUAUUUGACCACUCAUCAAUUCAAGAAUUUCUGGGCUGUCAAGCUUCGCCAACCUUGGCCGAUGGUAAUUUACACUGUGGCGCAAUAUUUCUACCAGUUGUCGACGAUGCUGUUGUGUGGUAUAUGGUUCCAUUAUAGAUAUGCAGCAGCAGCAUUCCUAUCCAUGGUCUUUCUUUGUGCCGCACAUAAUGGUGCGACCUAUUAUAUCGACAUAUAUGGGAAGAGGUUUGAAAAAGAGGUCGAUAAGCUGCGCAAUGAGGUGAUGAGUUUGCAACAGCAACUGCGAACCUCAUCUAACAGUGGCGCUGGAGCUGACUGCGGGGCAGGCAGCGCAAGUACUGGAGACUCGUCAGAGCGAGAAAGUUUAAAUUCAAUGAAAAGCCUUUGA